GUACCUAGUACUACCAGUGUUUAUGUAGCGAAGUUCUGGAUUCGUCAGUUGCAGUUCGUGGUUUUGUGAUAAUAGAUAUAUAUCUAGUUGUUCUUUAGUGUCAGUCAGGAAUCCAUCUACAAUGGCACAAGCCUUAAGAAAUCUAGCUAUCAAUGUGCUCAAAAAUAAUAAUGUGGAAGCAGCUAUUGGUAAAACAGUUGUGCGAGCUAACAGCUCAUGGUGGGGCAAUGUGGAAAUGGGUCCACCCGAUGUAAUUCUGGGAAUCUCUGAAGCCUACAAAAGGGAUACUGAUCCCAAAAAAGUGAACCUUGGUGUUGGUGCUUACAGAGAUGAUGAGGGAAAACCUUUUAUCUUGCCUUCUGUUAGAAAGGCUGAAGACAUUAUUCACAAGAAAAACUUGAACCAUGAAUAUGCCCCUAUUGGAGGUGAGGCUUUAUACACCGAUGCUGUUGCCAAGCUGGCUUUUGGAGAAGACAGCCCCAUUUUCAAGGAUAAGUCAAACUGCACAGUACAAACACUCUCUGGCACUGGAGCUUUACGGCUGGGUCUGGAGUUCAUAAGCAAACACUACGCUAAGAACCAGGAGAUCUGGCUCUCAACACCCACAUGGGGGAACCACCCGCAGAUCUGCAACAUGCUCAAACUGGCGCACAAAAAGUACAGAUACUUCGACCCAACUACCAACAGUUUUGAUCUCAAAGGCGCCAUUGAAGAUAUCCAUAAAAUUCCAGAGGGCUCAAUUAUUCUCCUUCACGCCUGCGCACACAACCCAACUGGUGUCGACCCUAAACCCGAAGAAUGGAAACAGCUUUCUCAAGUAAUCAAAGAACGCAAAUUGUUCCCAUUUUUCGACAUGGCCUACCAAGGUUUCGCAACUGGCAACGUCGACAAUGACGCGUUCGCCGUCAGGCUGUUCGUGAAGGAAGGCCACCAGGUCACGCUCUCUCAGAGCUUCGCAAAGAAUAUGGGUCUGUACGGCGAGCGAGCCGGCGCCCUGACCUUCAUGUGCGGCGACGAGGCGACCGCAGCCAAGGUGAUGUCGCAGGUCAAGAUCAUGAUCCGCACCAUGUACUCCAACCCCCCGUUGUAUGGCGCCCGCCUCGUCACCGAGAUCCUCACGCAACCCGACCUGAAGCAGCAGUGGUUGGCAGAUGUGAAGACAAUGGCGGACCGCAUCAUCACGAUGCGUAAACACCUGCGAGCCGGCAUCGAGGGCGCGGGCAACAAGCAAUCCUGGCGACACAUCACCGACCAGAUCGGCAUGUUCUGUUACACCGGACUCAAACCAGACCAGGUUGAGCGACUCACAAAGGACUUUCACAUCUACUUGACCAAGGACGGUCGUAUCUCUGUCGCCGGUAUCUCGUCCAAGAAUGUGAACUACGUGGCCGAAGCGAUGCACAAAGUGACCGCUUAAACGAUACCCGACCUUAUAAUAAUAAGAUUAAAGUGAAUAUUACACUGUACUGUACCAGAUUAAAGUAUUUCACCCUUUACUAGCCAUAUCACGGUAGUUAUGAACUCCGCUGAGAUUAUAAUCAAUUGUUUUUUAAUAUUUAUCAGUUUUUAAUAAAGCUUUUAUUUUUA